AUGAAGUUCCUCAGCCUCCUCGCACUCGUUGCAUUUGCCAGCGCCGCUCCCACUUCCGGAUCCCCCAACGAUCUCGUAGAGAGAUUCUCCGGAGGCUGUGGUGUCAAACAGGCGUCCUUCUACGGCGAUGUUCAAGUCGCCGCCGCCGCCCAAAAGGCUUGCACUCUGUUUAAAGCCAAGCAGACCAUCGGAACGAACAAAUAUCCUCACACCUUCAACAACGGCGAGAAGUUCAAGUUCAAUGGAGUCAAGGGACCCUACCAAGAGUUUCCCAUCAUUAACACGGGCGCUCUCUACAGUGGAGGCGCUCCUGGCGCUGACCGCGUUGUAAUCACCAGCUCUUGCCAGGUCGCUGGUCUUAUUACCCACAACGGAGCCAAGGGGAACAAAUUCGUCGCUUGCUCUGGCACCAACUAA